AUGACUUCUCUCCACUUUACGUUGCCUCCAGAUGCUCUGCUUCAGCUGCAUGAUGUGCUUAUAUGCCUUGCAAAAUUCAACGAAAGCGUAUCGAUUGAAGCUGAGGCAUCCUUUCUCCGGCUCUCAGCACUGAAUCCAACCAAGUCGGCAUAUGCGUCUUUCAAGUUUGAUGCCUCGACCUUUUUCUCGCAGUACAUGUUUGGUGGCGCGAGACGCGUUGCAUCCGGUGCUGCGGCAGGUAAUGCUGCAGAUAAAUUAACCUGUCAAAUAUAUAUCAAGGCGCUGUUGUCAGUGUUUAGGGGCCGAGUCAGUGACUUCAAAGACAAAGAGACUGCCAUUGAGCGCUGUGAAGUCCGGCUCCAGGACGGACCCAAUGAAACUCAAUGCAGAUUUAUCAUCCAGAUGAUAUGCAGGCAGGGGGUCGUCAAGACAUACAAAUUAACCUACGAAACCGCGGAGAUUCAGCAUGCUCUAUUCGACAAAUCAAAAACUCAAAAUCAGUGGAGUAUAGAUUCCAAGUAUUUGCGAGAAAUUAUUGACCAUUUUGCGCCUACUGCCGAGCAGCUGGAUAUAUUCUCUGAAAAUAAUAGAGUGGUGUUUACGAGCUUUACUACAAAACUUGUGGAUGGAAAACAAAUUCUCAAGCAACCCGUUCAUACAUCUGUAGCUAUCGAUACCAAAGAUUUCGACCAUUUCACAGUGGAGGAUAAUCUUCAUGUGGCUAUCAACGUCAAGGACUUUAAGGCUAUCGUCAUCCAUGCACAUUCUUUGAAUGGAGAUAUUGUGGCACGAUAUACCCGUCCAUGCCGGCCAAUGCAGCUGUCCUACGAAGUAGGUGGGAUGGCGUGCGCGUUCACGUUGAUGACGAGAGGGGAGGCUGGAGAGGCGUCAUCAGGAUCCACAAACGGAAACCGAGAAUUAUCCGCAAGACCAUAUUCACGGCCGACUACUGUCCAUCCAAUAGAGCCGACAGCAAAUCCCCAACCUGAGGUCCCGGAAUCUGUCCCGAGAACUCACUCUCUCCAGCCGCCUUCGCAGCCAGGAGCCAGGGAGGGAGCUCAGGCGAGCAUCCUGCCACAUCCGCCACACCAGUCGGUUCCCUUCGAGUCCUUGUUCGUCCCGGCUGACGACGACCAACAAUGGGAUGAACCGAGAUAUGGUGACGAAGACGAAGACACUCUUGGCUGGGACACACAUAUGGAUCAGGGCGUAUCCAAGAUAUCACGCCUGUUGCGGCGAGUAUGA